AUGGACCUAAAUAAAACCUACCUAAUUGACAUACUCCAAUGGGGAGAAACAACCAAAAAGCUAGAAUUUGAGGAUAGCAGUGAUGAAAAGUAUGAGAAUACUGGCUAUGAAGACCCAGAAUGGUUUCUAGAGUUCAAUAGUUAUAUUGAUUGGGACUAUAAUGAUUCACAGUAG